GUCACUGGGUUAAAGCGACUCCAGCGGCCGGCCAGAGAGGGCGGGGCCCUACUAUUGAGAACAUUUAGUUCUCUCCACCAACCCGCAGUCACACACAUACAGCAGGGGGAAGUUCCUGCAGCGCACAUUGGAGACCGGUUCUCAGUCAGGACGUUGGAAAAUCUGGAAGAAUCGCUCUUUUUUUUUUUUCAGACCUGCAUCGUUAUUCCUGAACAAAACGCCUGGUCGAGAUCCAUCUCUCAGCUCGGUUGAUCUUCUCUGCUUUUCUUUGACAGCUUUGGAAUUUUAGUUUAGGAGAUCUUGACUUCCUCCAGCAGCGAUGCCAGAGGACAACAGGACAGCCAAACCUGGUGGAGUUAUAGCUUACAUUUCUUCCGGUUUGGCCACUACGGCAGCGUCCUGUAUGAGCAGGAGACCCAUGUCGACAUCCCCACCCGCAUCUCGGCCCUCGUUGCCAAGCCGGGCCGUGGGCAUGGUGGUAGACAUCGCGCCGUCGGCAAAACGUGGUUCUGGUGCGGAGAAGACCGGCCGCUCCUCUGCGUCUGCAAAAAGCAGCGUAACAAAAAUCAACGGUAUGGUCCUGCUGUGCAAGGUGUGUGGCGACGUGGCCUCAGGUUUCCACUACGGCGUCCACGCCUGCGAGGGUUGCAAGGGCUUCUUCAGGAGAAGCAUUCAGCAGAACAUCCAAUAUAAGAAGUGUCUGAAGAUGGAGAACUGCACCAUCAUGAGGAUCAACAGGAACCGCUGUCAGCAGUGCCGUUUCAAGAAGUGUUUGGCCGUCGGCAUGUCCAAAGAUGCUGUUAGAUUUGGCCGCAUCCCUAAAAGAGAGAAGCAGAGGAUGCUGCUGGAGAUGCAGAACGCCAUGAACAACAUGAUAAGCAAGAACGGGCCGCUGCACAGCAUGCUGCAUGACGACCAAAGCUCCCCGCUGCCCAUAGAGGCAAUCAGCAGCGACGCCAGCUCCUCUUCCUCAUCUUCUUCUUCCUCCUCCUUAUCUACUUCCGACUCUCCGUCGUGUUCCUACCCGUCCUCCCCACAGUACCCCCAGGACUCUGAGUCUGUGGUUUCCAUGGACACCAACUCCAGCUCUGCAUCAUCCUGCGGGUCAGACAGCAGUGAGGAUGAGGGUGUCAUCACGAAUAACGGGCAGCACCCAGACACCUUCACGUUUCCCCAGCAGAGGUCAUCCUCGGAGGUCCUUGCCUCUCCGUCAUCUGGUACGGGCUGCGGCAGCCGCAUGGAGGAGCAGCAGGAGAGCUCGAACUGCUGGAACAAUAAUCCUGCCGUGGGAGGAUACCAGCGCUGUCCGUACUCCAACUCUGCCUACAGCAAGGAGGGGGCAGCGUACCAGCAGCAGCUCGGCUGUGAUCCAUCCGCGCAGGAAGAACAUUACACACAGAAUGCCUUUAGCUACAACGGACCAAACAGCUGCACGAAAAGUCGAGCAUACCUGGUUUGCCCAAUGAACACCUCCCCGUAUGUAGACCCAAACAAGCCGAGUCAGGAGAUCUGGGAGGAGUUCUCCAUGAGCUUCACCCCCGCUGUGCGGGAGGUGGUGGAGUUCGCCAAGAGGAUCUCAGGCUUCCGUGACCUUUCCGAGCACGACCAAGUGAGCCUACUGAAAGCUGGAACGUUUGAGGUGCUGAUGGUCCGCUUUGCCUCCCUGUUCAACAUGGCUGAGCGGACAGUCACCUUUCUUAGCGGCAAACGCUACAGCCUUGACACGCUGAGGUCACUGGGGGCCGGCGAGCUGCUCAACUCUAUGUGUGAGUUCAGUGAGAAGCUGGCAGCUCUGCGGCUCAGCGAGGAAGAGAUGAGCCUCUUCACCGCUGUGGUGCUCGUCUCAGCCGAUCGAUCCGGGAUCCGGGACUUGAACUCUGCGGAGGCCCUGCAGGACAAACUGAUCUGGGCGCUGAGGAACCUGGUGAUGCAAAACCACGGCGACGAGUCCGCCACGACCUUCACCAAGCUUCUGCUCAAGCUUCCCGAACUGCGUUCGCUCAACAACCUGCACUGUGAGGAACUGCUGUCAUUCAAAGUGCAUCCAUGAAGGCUUACUGUAAGGGGACAUUUUAUAAACCUUCGCCUGGACCUGCUCCCCACCCUCUUCUGUAUCCGACCAACCCAUUUGUCUGGAAUGUAUAAAGUCAAUUUUUUAUUUUGGGGGUCUGAAGAGAGAAUAUAUAGUUUACUGUAUUUAUGGAAGAGAUUUGCACGUUGCACACAGACACACAAAUGCACGUGUGUGUUAGCGGGUUUUAGUUGGAUGUAUUUUUAUUUUUAAAAAGCAGUACGUAAAAUAAAUGAAAUAAUGCAAUGCAGAUUUUUUUACAUCUUGUUUCCUCCGAAAGCCAUUAAUUCCAAAGUGUAUUUCUGAUCGGGAGAAUGUGCGAGAUAUUAUAUUCUGUACCUUACACAUAUGUUUGGUCCAAUAGUUUAUUCUGUGUGUGGUGAAAAGCUGCAGCAAAAGCAUUGCUGAAUGUAUGUUCACUGUUAAAUGCAUGGCUGUACUUAAUUCUUACUAUUAAUCUGGAUCUGCUCCUCUCAUGUCGGACAGCGUCGGCUCCUUGUUUUGGUGUACAUGGUGUAUCUUUUCUGUUUUGUCUUAUUUAAUAUCGUUUACAUGUUUAUUCAGGCAGUUCCUGGUCAUUUCUGCAGGAAAAGGAAAAACACUACAUUUGCAUAAGUUUUGGGGCAGAAGACGGAGUGUGCUGCACCGUGUAAAUGUUUUGCCAUUUUCCCACUCUGUUUUUUUUUUUUUUUUUAAUCAAACUUUCUCAGCAUAGCACUGAAUUUUGACCAGUUUUUCCUCAUUCACUAUGUUGAAAUAUCAGCUACUGGCAACACUGUCAUUUGUAAAUACUUAUAUAAAAACACAUGUGAGAUAUAUAUAUAUAAAUACAUGAAAAUAUCUUAUGGACAUAGACUAUAAAUAUAUAAUAUAGGAUGAAUAAAAAAAAAAGUGGAGAACA